GUGAAGCUCCUCUGUCAGAGACCUGGUUUCCACACAGAGACAAGAGGACUGACCGCCAGCAGGCCUCUUUUUCUCCUCUCUAUUACCUUCUUAUUUACACCGACCCAGCGAGCGGACUGGGUUGGCUCGGACCGGCACUUGCAGCUCACAAAAUGUACGCGCGUGCAUGUAGUUGAAAGGCAUUUUAUUUUGAAGGCGUUGGCCGGAUGCGUAGGGUUUUAUUUUGGCGGACUUGGACUCUCUCGUCUCGCGCUUGUGCUGUGAGGUGAAGCAGCGCGAGCUGCUCAGCGGUUUAAACCUCAGACGGUCUGAGUCCGGGUCCGAGUCCGGGUCCGAGUCCGGGUCCUGGCCUCGAAAUAAAGGGUUUUUUCCUCUGUCUUUAACAAAUGUUGGAGCCUGAGUCCGAGGACAAGAACUUUUCUUUAACCUUUUCCCGGUAUUUUUCCCGGUGUUUUUCCCGGUGUUUUCCCGUGUCCUCCCGGUGUUUUCCCGGUGUUUUCCCGUGUCGUCCCGGUGGUUUUCCCGUGUCGUCCCGGUGUUUCCCCGUGUCCUCCCGGUGUUUCGGUCGGGGAGGAAUGUGAGACUAGCGACCGAAGCUCGCUGACAGACCGGCCGAUUUACGGCUCCCUUUCUGGCUGGUUCUCUCUCGCUGAACUGGGCAGAGAACCGGACCUACCCGGCAUCACCCGUCCGGUCCCCUUGACGGCGUUUAGAGCGGAACUGAGCCCGCAGACCGGGUUGCAAUGCCGGGGAUGAGGGGGCUUGUUUUCCUGAGUCUCUGUCUGAACCUCCACACAUGCCGGGCCUUCCCCAACCAGCUGCCCGACCUCAGCAGCGAGCCGCCCGUCCCGCCCGCCUUCAUCGACCCGCUGCUGGACUACGACCGGCUGGAUGAGGAGCUGGGAGGCGGUUGGCGGAACUGGAACGGCACCAACGGGCCGGAGAGCUGCGGGCCGUGUGAGCUGGACCUGUGCCCGGAGACCCGCGGCUGCCGGGCAGGUCUGGUGCUGGACUCCUGCGGCUGCUGUAAGGAGUGCGGAAACCUGGAGGGCCAAGCCUGCGACCCGGGGGACCGGAGCGUCUUCUACGGGCUCUGCGGGACCGGACUGCGGUGUCAGGUGGACCCGCGGCCCGCAGGAGGAGGAGGAGGAGAGGAGGAUGAAGAGGAGGAGGAGGAGGUGUGUGUGUGUGAGGAGCAGGAGGCGGUGUGUGGCAGUGAUGGAAGAACUUACAUGAACAUGUGCCUGUUCAGAGAGGCCGCUUUCUCCAGACCAGAGCUCAAGACCAGAGGGAGGGGGCCCUGCAAGACCGUCCCCAUCAUCAAGGUCCCUCCUCAGAGCCAGGUGAACGGGACAGGCAGCAGUCUGGUGUUUCUCUGUGAGGUCUUUGCGUUUCCGAUGGCUCUGGUGGAGUGGAGGAAGGAGGGACGAGACGUCAUCCUGCCCGGGGACGACCCCCACAUCUCGGUCCAGUCUCGGGGCGGUCCUCUGAAAUUCGAGCUCUCCAGUUGGCUGCAGAUUGAGGGGGCGGAGCCGGGGGACUCGGGGACCUAUCGCUGCAUCGCUCGUAACAACCUGGGAUCUGUCUCCGCCUCUGCUGUACUGGGAGUACUGGGAGCAGAGGAGCUGUCGUCCUACCUGGCCAACAGUGUUUCAGAGAUGAAGCAGCUGAUGGACGCCACAGACUACGACCAGGACUUCUACUGACCCGCAGGUGACGGAGCUUCCUGCCGUCUGACACGUCAUGUCACGCUCAGGUGACCAACCACACAGACUUUUGCCAUUUUGUCGCCGCAAUUUGGAGACAAAAUGUGAAACGUAAGGACAGAUUCUGCUCCGGGCCAGUUUGUUUGCAGCGAUAUACUAAUAAAGUAUUAAAAUAUGAAUAA